GCCCACUCUAUGUGGGGACUACGCUCCUUCCAUUCAGUUGCUUCGCCGGCCAUAGACCAGCCUCACCAGGGACAUCAGCCGCCGCAUGUGCGCUUGUCAGAGGUGAUGGGGGCCAUCGGAUGCAUAUAGCGUGGGGAGAUCCCCGGGCGAUGCGCGACCCCGCCGGGUUCGUGGAUUCGCACGUCGUCAUGGGAUAUAUACGACGGGCCGUGUGGGAGGGACACCAAGCGCCCUGCACUGCACACGCCCGUCGCCACCAUGGUCCUCACGCACUCGAGAGCAGAGCUCAUCGGGACGGUGGUUGAGACGAUGUUAUAUGGCAUUUACUUUGUCCUCUUCGUCCGCUGCCUAGAGGUCAUUCGACAGCGCCAUGUAGAGGGGAAGUUGACGGUCUUCCUGCUCACGACUUCAUUGCUCCUCUUCGCCCUCAUCACGAUUCACAUGUGCAUAUCGACCUGGCGUAAUUUGGACGCCUUCACCGGUCCUCAUUCAGAGGUCAUGCCGAACGCUGCAGAAGUCUUCUUCGCACAACACGUUUUCGACCACAUCGACCGCUUGAAGAAUGCGCUAUACGUCGUAAUCACCUGGAUAUCGGACUUGUUCCUGCUGUACCGUUGCUACAUGGUCUACGAGCGACAAUGGCAGUGGAUCUCGUUCCCAGUCGCAAUAUUCCUAGGCGAUUUCGGCUUUGGGAUUUAUGGCAUCUACAUGCUCUGCACGCAGGGGGACGUACCAGACUUGAUCAAGAGCCAGAUCGUUGACCGCAUCAAGUACUUCUACCUAAUCACCAUGAUCCUGAACAUCGUUUGCACAGUCAUGAUCGCGUCGAAGAUCAUCUUCAUUCAGCGCCGGACGACGCGCGCAGGGAUCGCGGACGCCGUACGCACGCUCAACACCACUGUGGUCAUCAUAAUCGAGUCUGCGGCCUUAUACUCCGUGGCCCUUGUCGUCCUCAUCAUAUUCGCGGCCGAGCAUAGCGGGGGCAUGUACACGCUGUUGCAGCUGAUGCCCAGUAUCAUCGGCAUCGUCUUCUCGCUCAUCAUCGUGCGCGUCGGUGGCGGGAGGGACCAGGCAACGCGCUACACCGUGUCGAAGCCCAGCAGCGGCACGAUCGGCAGUUCCCGCCUCGACAAAUUCUCCGCUCGGCGCGGCGCUCCGACGGUGACAACCACGACUACGACGACGUACGAGGACUCAGCUGGCCUACCGUCCAUCCCCCACGGUCGUGGUGGCGGCAUCAGUAUCGCCCUUCACGAGCGCUCGACAUCCUCCUACAUGGACAGCGACUUGGAGAGAGCGGAUUCGCGAGACAAGGCCGAACUUCCUUGAAUUAUGACGGCUGUAUUAGGCUUCGACUAUUCCUGGUCGUGUGUACUACCGCUAUCUAUAGUGAUGGGCUGAUCGCUGAGCGAUAAUUUAUUCUUGUGGAAGUUAAUUAGACUGUAGCAUGCUAUGUACCAACUAGUCAAUUGUAGCACCAAUUUAUGUCACUCCUUCC